CUACAAGAACCCUCCUCCUCCCGUCUCCUCCUCCCUCAUCAGUGAGCCUCUUCUUCCGCGAGAGAUCUCAGGGUCACCCCGUUAAGAACACUCUCUUGGAGUGGAGGCUUGCCGGUGAAAAAGAACAGGACGGAACCGAGUGCCUCCCUGUUUUCGUCCGAUUUCGUCCUUGAUUAAGAUGACGGUGGCUGUGAUGCAAACACCUGUGUGCCGAUCGGAGAAGUACCUGCGGCCGGCGGUACAGCGCAUUGACGCCGGAGAAGAUGAACGGAGGUCGGCGCAAGUGGGUGCUUGGAGCGAAAUUUGUAAGGCGGCUGAUGGGGCGGUGCUGGCGCCUUAUGUUCACCCUCUGGUGAGGCGAUCGUCGAGCUCGAUGAGCUUGGAGAGCCUUCAGAUAUGCACGGAGAGCCUCGGGUCGGAGAGCGGCUCCGACGGAUUCUCUGACCAUGAGUUUGGAAGGGUGGAGGUGGAGGGAGGAGAAGAGAGGAAGGGAAUUGAGUUCGUGGAAGAGAAGGUGGAGGAAACAGAGGAGCACUGGUUGAUGCGCCGCCGGAGGACAGAGCUCACGGCGGUGAACUACCAAUGCUCCUCCGUCAGCCGGAGGUCGCCGCCGAGGUCGUUCCCGCCGCCUCUGACCUCCAUCUCCCGUCGCGACGGGCCGUGCCUCAGCAUGAGGAGCCACCGCCGCGACGGACGCCUCGUGGUCGAGGCCGUGCCCGUGCCGUCGCGGAACUAUCUCCACGCCGACCGCGAGGGCGGUCGCCUCCUUCUCUCCAUCGUCGGCACCACCGCGAGACGCGGCGAGCGAAAUGAAGAAAAGAAAGCGGCGGAGGCUGCUAAAUCCGACGCAGAAGUUGGAUCAGAGGGUGAGGAGGAGGCGAUGGUGGAAGAAGAAGAGGAGGAGGAGGAAGAAGAAGAAGAAGAGGAAGUGGAGGUGGUCGACCGCGGAACCGUGGUGGAGUUCAAAGUGAGCACACAACCGCAGCAACAGAGCACCGGCAAGAAGGUCCUCCGCCUCCGCUCCUCGCUCGUCAUCAACAAGUUCGUCAGCGGCACACCUGACGAGACCUGUACCGAUCCCAUCCCACAUCAAAGCAGGCUCCGUCGUCCGACGACUGUCACCUCAGCAGCAGCCGCGGUGGUCGCCUCCACUAUCAGCGCCUCCAUCGAGCUGGAAACCAGGGUGAGGCCAGCGCCGGGCGACGCGCCGCCCGUAAGCCCGCUGCUCUUCACGUCAAAGCGGUGGAACCGUGAGGCGAUGCUGCACAGCAUGCGGCGGUGCAGGCAGCUCCAGCGGCCGCUCUUCUUCUGGGAGCCCUGUUUCAUCGCCGCCUCCUCUUGAGCUCCACAGCCGCCGCCCUCUAUCAAUUACCAAUUAUCCACUCCAAAUUUAGCCAUUUAAGUUUAAUAAUAUACUUAAUUAUAUAGCAUUGACAUAAUAUUUGGCGAUUAAAUAAGUAAUUAAUGCUAAUUAAUUAAGAGAAGCGAGUGUAAUUUGGCUACCAAAUUAAUGACUGUGACAAUCAAUGGAGGAUUUAAUAUUAUCGAUUAUUAUGCAUGGCUAAUUAAGGGUGUUAGUAAUUU